CAGAGCAGACGCCCAGACAGACUUCUCGCCGUCAUCAUGGACAGGGUGCCCUUCUGCUGCCUGCUCUUCAUAGGACUCCUGAAUCCACUCCUGUCCCUUCCCGUCACGGACACUGGUGAGAGGACUCUUCAGCUUCCAGUGCUUGAGGAAGAUGCUCUUCGGGCUCUGGAGGAGCUGGAGAGGAUGGCCCUCCUGCAGACCCUGCGCCAGACCAUGGGCAUGGAAGCAGGGGAGAGCCCCGGAGAAGCAGAUCCCAGCGCUGAGACCCCCACUCCACGGGGAAGCAUGAGGAAGGCUUUCGCUGGGCAAAAUUCUAACACUGUACUGAGUCGUCUCUUGGCAAGAACCAGGAAACAACAUAAGCAACACGGGGCUGCCCCAGAGUGCUUCUGGAAAUACUGCAUUUGAGGAGACACAAGCGUCCGUUGGUCUCUCAGAACCAUCGCUUCAGGAAACGGGCAGAGCAGAUGCUUGAAGCAAAAUCACGCUAACGACGCCUUGUUCUUCAUUACGAGAAAUAAAUCCUCUAUGU